UAAAUGCUCCACCACAUCGGUAUGAUGAUUGAGUUCAAAAAAGAGACUCACCAGAACCAGAUGCAUCAUCUCUCACAUCACAUCCACAACAGAAUUUUAAUUUCUUUUCUUUUCUUCUUUGCUUUUCGCCUUUUGAACUUUACUAAAAUCAGCAAAAAAACCUUCAAACCCAACAAAUAAUUUUCCUCCCAUUGUUCCCAUUUCAAGAUUUUGGUUUCCAGUUACAAAAUCAGUUAGUUCUUCGAAUCUUUCCAGAAAUUCCUAAUUUUUUUCAUUACCCUUCCAUCUGGAUCGAUCUUUAUGCGCAGAUCAAGAACCUUGAUUUGGAAAGGCUGAUUCUUUCGUUGCUAAAGUGCUUUGAUGAGGUUUGGGAUUGAUGAUUAGAUACUAGAAAGUAACCAAAGAUGAUAUCUGAAAAUUUAACCGAUGAAACAUCACUUCAUCAAGAACUCGAGGUAUUAAGUGUAUCAAAACGCCUCGUAAGAAGCCUAAGCCAAAAGUUAAAAAGAAAAAACCAAGGAAAUAUAGUCGAUGAUGACGAGGACAACACACGUGGCAUUUCAAUAAAAUGUCCAACCCUCUACACACGUAGCGGCGGUUGCAAGGUCGGAGCCACCACCGGAGACGAAUUUUCCGAUUGUCGGAGACGCCCUUCGUGUUCCAACGAAGAAGCAAAAGGGUAUAACUAUAAACCUGUAUGUGGGCCCGAUGACACCACCAUCGACUGCUUCUCGUAUGGAGUAAAAGACCGGUUUUGGAAACGAAGCAAUAGAAAGCUCACAGAAGUCGAAGAGUCACAACAACAACAACAACAACAAGUAUCACAUGUGUUUCUUCCGGAUGAUAUUGUUGAAAUGUGUUUGGUAAGACUUCCGUUGACCAGUCUCAUGAAAGCGCGCCUUGUUUGCAAGAAAUGGCGGGCUUUAACAUCGACAACACGGUUCAUGCAAAUGAGGCGAGACGGGCUUUUUCAAACCCCGUGGUUGUUUCUCUUUGGAGCCGUGAAAGACGGGUUUUGUUCGCGUGAGAUACAUGCGUUCGAUGUUUCUUUAAACAAAUGGCAUAGAAUUGAAUCCGAGGUUCUCAAAGGUCGAUUCAUGUUCUCGGUUGUUAACAUUCAAGACAACAUUUACGUAGUUGGUGGUUGUUCAAGUUUGACCAAUUUCGGGAAGUUGGACCGAAGCUCGGUGAAAACCCACAAAGGGGUUUUAGUGUUUAGCCCUUUGACCAAGUCAUGGCAUAAAGUCGCGUCCAUGAAACACGCGAGGUCAAAACCGGUUUUAGGAGUAUAUGAAGUGAAAUCGGAUUUUGUGGUUGUCAAAUCGCAAAACAACCGUCAAGAAAGACGGGUUGUUAGGACACGGGUGGGCGGGGUGUCGGAUGUGUACGAGGAUCCGCAUAGGUUGUCGGUUAGGCGUCAGUUACGAUACUCUCUUGAUGAAAAUGAGGUUUCGUUUGGUAGACAAAAGAGCGAACAUGUGAAAAGAAAAGAUUCUAGAAGGUUUUUGAUUAUUGCGGUUGGUGGGGUUGGGUCGUGGGAGGAGGCGUUGGAUUCGUGUGAGAUUUAUGAUUCUUGUACGAACAAAUGGGUGGAAGUCCAGAAGGUUCCGGUUGAUUUUGGAGUGGUGUGUUCGGGUGUUGUUUGUAAUGGGGUGUUUUAUGUUUACUCGGAGAGUGAUAAUCUUGUGGGGUAUGAUAUAGAGAAAGGGUAUUGGGUUGGGAUUCAAACAAUGAGAUUGGGAUCAAGGGUUCAUGAGUAUUACCCGAAGCUUAUUGCGUGUGAGAAACGGUUGUUUAUGGUGAUGGUGUCGUGGUGUGAAGGGGAAGGGCAGAUUGGGAGGAGGAAUAAAGCGGUUAGGAAGGUGUGGGAGUUGGAUUUUGUGGGGUUCAAGUGGGGGGAGGUUUGUAUGCAUCCGGAUGCUCCUAUGGAUUGGAAUGCGGUGUUUGUUGGUGAUAGGAAUUUGAUUUUGGGGGUUGAGAUGUUUAAGAUUUUUGGGCAGGUUUUGGAUUUUUUGACUGUGUUUGAUGUGAGUGAUGUGGGGAAGAAGAAGAAGAAAAAGAAGAAUUGGGUUCAUGUUUCGAGGAAUCAGGUGGCUCAUCAAUUGGAUGCUUCUUCAUGUGUGACGAAAUCAGUGGCUGUUGUGCACUUGUAACUUUGUAACAUUAGGAAUCAAGGGUGUGGGUUGGAUGUAUUUGUUGCUUAUUUUAUUCAUAUUUGUUUAAUGUAGUGUAAACAUGGUUGUAGGUAUGGACAUAUAACCUAUUGAUCAUUUGUUGUUUGUUUGAUUUGUUUUUUGUUUCGAAGCUAUGAAAACACAAAAAAAUUAUAUUAUUCAA